CGUUUGUUUAUUGGGGAAUCCCCCACAAACCGACACUUUCAGUCAAACUUUUUUGAUCGUUUCAUCAGUUUCGUUCCACUUACCACAUUCACGUUGUUUAUCAAAAAGAGAAUAAAAAAUGCAAGAAGUCAAGUUGAAGUUCAAUAUCGACAACCCUAAAAUGCAGAUCAUUGAAAAGCACAAUCUUGACAUUCCUGAUCAUUUAAAUGUGGAGUUCUUUCAAAAAGCUCUAAAAGUUGGGUUCAACUUAUCAAAUGGCAUUGUUAUCGAACAAAUUAUAUUUUCCCCCGGUUGUGCUGAUGGUGAUAGCUUCACAAGUCUAAUUUAUCGAGCUAAAGUACGCUAUUCCUAUAAAAUACCAAACAACGAAGUUUUAUUGAAACCCAUCUCACUCAUCAUCAAAUGUAUUCCAGUUGAUGGUGAUCGUGAAAUAUUCAAAAUGAUGAAUGUUUACGGAAAAGAAGUUAAUAUGUAUACAAAAGUUUUGCCAGCUGUUGAAAAAAUGCUUGUAGCUAAAAAUAUUUCUGGACAAAUGGUUCCAAAAUUGAUCUACAAACAAGAUCAUCCAGUUGGGACAAUUGUUUUUCAAGAUCUCAAUGAACAUGGCUUAGUUUUGGCAAAUCGAUGUCAAGGUUUAAGCGAGGAUCAAACCAAAAUGGUUCUUACCAAAAUUGGUCAAUUUCAUGCAGCUACAAUGGUCCUCGCUAGAGAUCAACCGGAAGUUAUGAAACUGUUUAAGCAGCCAACAAUAGACAAGGAUGCCCAAAAUACUGUACGUGAUUCGGUGUUUCGUGCAAAUAUAAAUGAUAUGGCUGAUCUUGUUGAAGAUUGGGAAGGUUUCGAGCAGAUUGCCCGAAAGUUGCGCAAAGUUAGCGAUGAUUUUUAUGAUCGUGUGAUAAAUUGUGUUUAUAAUAAAGAGGCUUUUAAAGUAUUGAAUCAUGGUGAUCUCUGGGUUAAUAACUGUAUGUUUAAGCAUUCGGAUGGUGUCCCAAAAAAUCUAUUAUUUAUUGAUUUUCAGUUAAGUUACUACGCUAGUCCUAUUUUCGAUCUUCAUUAUUUUCUCAAUACAAGUGUGCCCUUAGAUAUCCUGUCAAAAAAACGUAGUUUACUACUUUUAACCUACUUUAAAGCUUUGCAGUUGACUUUGGAGGCUCUGGAAUAUGAUGAAAUUCCAACUUUAGAAGAAUUUACCAAUGAAGUUCGAGCAAAAGAAUUCAUUGGUUUCUGGGCAUUUGAGGCUUUUUUACCAUUGUUAACUAUAGAUAAGACAGCUUCUAAGGAAAAUCGUAUUGAAAGUUUUAAAAACGAAGAUGCAGCCAAGCAUAAACGAGAAGUAAUGUUUUCUUCGGAGCGAUUUUUGAAAACAAUCAGAUAUUCUUUACCUUACUUUGAUAAGUUGGGAGUAUUGGAUUGAGUGAUAUUUUGAUUUCUUUCAAAUUAUUUGAUAGUUAAGAGUGAUAAUUGGUCAUAGAGAGCUUUUAAAGACAUAUUUAAUAUUUUGUAUUUUAAUAAAGCAGUAUUUUUGCGUAACUGCUAAAGAACCGUACAAAUUAAAUAAACAUUAGGUUUAGUUUAAUAUUUAA